ACUGUGUAAUCCUGCACUGACUGCAGGGUUGGGCAAGUGCAUUACCUGAUUGCUUGGGGCAAGUGAGAGUGCAAUCAGGAAAGUGCCUUUUCAUUCCUGUAAUGGUCCUAUCAGGCCAGUUGGAUUGUUACAUACACGUAGAAACAUGUAGACAAAGGAAGCUAACCAGACCUUGAAGCUUAUCACCAACUCUGAGUCAAUAUCUCUUUGUAGGUUCAAGUAAAACUGCAUAGAAGACAGUUAGUCAGUCCCAUAGCUUUUUAAUCAGCCAUAUAGGGGCAGCACAACAACAACUGUAGAAGUACAUGUAUGUUUUUUGAAUUUCUGGCCAGUGAAAAUUUUGUUAUGUACAAAAAUCUUGUAUAGCAACUAAAGCAAGUGUAUUAUUUCUAACUUGUCCAACUCUGGAUUGGCUUAACACUAAAGGGUGUUCCCUACACAUUCUCGACAUAGGGCCUCUAUCUGUAGCUGCUACUGCAACAACAAUUAUUAAAAAACUAGUACUGUAAGCACCUAAGUGCAAUUGUUACCAUCUAAGGACCUGCAUAAGCAGUUCACUGAACCAGGCGCAAGUUAUGUAUUUCCUAAGAGUAACUUACAGCACCAACGAAAUCAAGGAAACUAUGCAGAGGAAAGAUUAGGACCGUAGUCCACUUACAUAAUGGGAGGAUGUAGGACCGAAGUCCACUUAAUUGUCCCUCGGUGGAUAUUAUGCAAGUGAACUUUGGUCAUGCGUACGUGACACCACCUCAUACCAUAGUUCUAGCUUGGUCAUCUUCAUAACACCACUCCAUCGUACCUGAAGUAUGGCUAUUACCUCUACCAUAGGUUUCACGAUAUUGGCAGUUUGCCACAUUUCAAUACUUCUUCAGGUUCAAGUGAACGGAGACGUCCGAUCAACUAUCACUGCCCUGAAUAGAAGGAUUGCGGAUCUACAGGUGUUACGCAAUGAGGACUCCAUACCUGGACAGGCUAAGCAGAAGGGACUAUACCCUAGCAUGAUACGGCUAAACGUCCAUGGCCCGCCAGGCACGUCCCUCGCCCGAGAUGUCGGUCUUUACGACAACAACGCGUUCGCCACGCUGUGGAUCGUCACGUGUCUGCUGGAGAGUCACACCUACGGCACGGCACCUGCACCGGACCCCAACCGGCUGCAGCUGGCUGUGGACGCCAUCAACACCUUCCACUCCAAAAACCUGCCCGGCGAGUCGGCCAUGGACUUCUGGCCGCAGGUGUACAACAAGACGUCAGGUGUGUGGGUGCAGUCACCUGAGAACCUGCUGCAGGCACUGGAGCUGGGGGAAAACGAUUUUCCAUGGAACACCAUUAAAAAGAUCCUGUUGGACUUCGGUCUGGACAAGCUUUGGAAUGACGUGGCAUCGAUGCAUAAUUUGAUUAAGAUGACAGAGCAUGCAUACCGCAUUCCGCCAGACUUCGACGACUCUUCCCUGAAUCUGGGUCUUGGUGCCCAGUUGCUCCAACUCAAGGACAGUUUCCCUCUAGCCUACCAGUCCUGGGCGUCCAACAACACGGACCUACAGUCCCUCCAAAACCACCUGAAGUCCUACGCGUACCGUCCGCUGUCGAAAGACAACAAUGCCAACACGAUCGACCCGAGAACGUACUACUACAUGCGGCCGUUCUUAGAAAAGGCGGCAAAAACAGGAGACCAGGUCGCCUUGGUAACCACAUGGCUACAAAACCUUGCCGAGUUGCGAGUGAUGGUCGACAAGGGCGUGCUCAUGCCGUACAACCUGAACAACGUGGACGUGACCGUGGCCGCCAACACCCUGGCCGGCAUCACGGAGGCCCUGCUGGCCGGACUGGUACACCCCGAUAAAUGGUUUGACCAGGACGUGCAGAGAAUCUACCUGAACACCACCGCCAUGAUUGCUUGGGCCGUGACGUCAGAGGCCAUCUUUACCCGUCCUGACCUGGUGAUGACGUACUACCCAUCUCUCUACAACUUCCUGUGGUACUCCUCCCGGACCCUCUUCCUCCUGCAGUCCAACCAAGACAAGCUACAAGACUACCCUGAUUGUGUCACUGAUGUACAGCGGCUUCUUACUACGACUUUCAGAGAUCAUGUUACACCUAAGCUGUUGGACCGUGCCCAGACAGACCGCAGAGACGAGGCGUUUUUUGACGACUUCCUGGGAGAUGGGGACAAGGACGCCUUUGGACGGCCAAAGAUCCACGGGGAAGACCGGAUCUUCAGCACAGCACAGGCGGUAAACACACUUCUGGCAACCUGGACAACGUUUAAUAGGACCUCAAAGAAAUUGGUGUGGAUAGACGAAACCCAUUCAGACGUCAAGACUCUGGUGUCUCAAGCCGUGUCUUGGUUAGAGAAGAACACUCUGAGCGGCAGGUACAAGACGUACAACGCCUUCUUCUCUGGUUCUACCAAGGGAUUAUCCUCCGUGCCUUUCCUGUACCCGGCUAACUUCAUACAGUACCUGAACGGUUCGGCUGUUCCACCCACUGCCAACGUCUCUGUUGACGUCAUAGCGGGAGUCACCGGUGUUAUCGAUCCUGCUGAAUACCAGAAGAUGAUUGACCAGCCCCAUUUCGGAUACGCCACGCCUACUAAGUUUGAAGGGUUUAACGGCCCGGAAACAUUCUUUCCUUUCUGGUCCUCGGAACCGUACACCUACGCCACCGUCAUGUUGGCUCUUGCGCAGUACGACAAUAUAGCAUGAUCAGUGUAUCGUAGUCAACAUAAAACAUACCAAUGAAACUACAUGUACAAGGAUGAAUAAAUCAUGCUAAUGAGAA